AAUCUAUGUCUCUUCUAUCCGGUUGAACUCGACAACCCCUGCUCCCAUGUCACUCCUACCUCUUCUUCCUUCACCGCAGUUGUAUUUCUCUUGAAUCGUUGAAAUCUGGUUUCAGAGACGAACCCAGCUGCUGGAUUCAUGUCUGAGAUUGGUGUCUAAAAGCUUUCUACUCAUUUCCCUUUCGUUGCAUGAGUGCUGCUUUUGCUUCCAAGGCCAUCUCAUCUCGAGGAGCAAAAUACAGGUUCUUAUAAUUUCCAUUUUUUCAUCUUCUAUUUGGCAAAAUCUGAUCUUCCUUUCUUAGAACUAACUAUCAUAGCUGGGAUCUUAGGUUUAUUUAAUAGUUUCAUGCAUGCCAUGUAGAUCUAUCUCUGGAUUUUUCUUCUGUUUGCCAUUGGAAGUAAAGAUCUUGUCUUUUUAUCAAUUGAUCUCGCUGUUAAGAGUGACCGACAUUUAGGGCUUCUUUCGGGCUGUGAGGUUUUUCUUUAUGAAAUCGAUCGCCAUGAGCUUGAUCUAGGCUUGCUCUGCGACCAACGUUGCCGCCAUGUUUAAGCAAUUCCUCAACAGAUUCCCUCGGAAGUCACCGAAAUCUGAUGUUGUUGAUUCUGCCGGUGGCAUUUCCGGUAAUAAUGUUAUCGCCUCUGGUAAUGGGAUCCAAAGAACGAACAGUGGGACUGCUGUCACUGUCCGAUCAAAUUCUAUAAAGCGGAUGUCUUCGGCGGUUUUCCCGGCGAGCAUGGUGGCUGGAAUUGAACCUCUUCUUUCCUUCAAAGAUGUUCCGACUCCGGAGAGGCAGAAUCUGUUCAUUAGUAAGUUAAACCUCUGCUGUGUGGUUUUUGACUUCAAUGACCCGAAUAAGGACACUGUGGAGAAAGAUCUGAAACGUGAGACCUUGAUAGAGAUCGUUGAGUUUGUUGCUUCCGGGUCAGCUAAGUUUACGGAGCCAGCAAUUGCUGCAAUAUGUAAAAUGUGCGCAGUCAACCUCUUUAGGGUAUUUCCUCCUAACUACCGGUCCAAUUUUACUGGUGGUGAGGCAGAUGAUGAAGAACCCAUGUUUGAUCCUGCUUGGACACAUUUACAGAUUGUGUAUGACUUACUGCUUCGAUUUGUCACGUCUACUUCUCUCGAUUCGAAGGUAGCAAAGAAGUACAUUAAUCAUUCGUUUAUUCUGAGAUUGCUUGAUCUCUUCGAUUCUGAGGAUCCUAGAGAACGUGAUUGUUUGAAAACAAUUCUGCAUAGGAUAUAUGGGAAGUUUAUGGUUCACAGGCCUUACGUACGCAAGGCUGUAAGCAAUAUCUUUUAUCGUUUUGUCUUCGAAACAGACCGACACAAUGGGAUUGCUGAGCUGUUGGAGAUUUUUGGCAGUGUAAUUAGUGGGUUUGCAUUACCACUAAAGGAGGAACACAAGAUGUUUUUGUGGAGGGCUUUGAUUCCUCUGCAUAAGCCGAAGUCUGUGGGUGUUUACCUUCAACAGUUGUCAUACUGCCUCACACAAUUUAUAGAGAAAGAACCCAAGUUGACGAUUACUGUAAUCAAGGGAUUGCUAAAGUACUGGCCAGUAACGAAUAGUCAGAAGGAAGUCAUGUUCUUGAGUGAGUUGGAAGAGGUUUUGGAAGCUACCAACAUGGCAGAAUUCCAGAAGAUCAUGAUUCCUUUGUUCCGCCGGAUUGGUUCUUGUCUUAACAGCCCCCAUUUCCAGGUAGCUGAACGAGCCCUUGUUUUAUGGAACAAUGAUCACAUCAUUGGUUUGAUUGCGCACAAUCGGCAGGUGAUCCUGCCUCUCAUCUACCCAGCAUUAGAGAAGAACAUACGGAACCACUGGAACCAGGCGGUUCUCAACCUGACUGUAAAUGUGAAGAAAAUGUUCUCAGAGAUGGAUGACGAGCUGGUCGUGUUUUGCCAAAGCAAGUAUGAGGAGGAAGAAACGAAGCAAACAGUAGCAGCAGAGAAGAGAAGGGUGACAUGGGAGCAUCUUGAGACAGUUGCCAGUGUGCAACCUGUGACUGGAAAUACAGCAGUUCUCAUAACACCUACAGCAACUGCUAUUACAUGCUAAAUUUAAUUAAGCAGGGUCUCUUUCCCUUUCUCUUUUAAAUGCCCGUGCUUGCCCCCUUUUGUUUUUUAAUUUCUGGGCAGCAGGAUGGAAUGUAGUAAAACAUGUUGACAGGGUUGGCCUUUUUUUUUUUUUUGGGGGGGGGGGGGGUUGAUUUGGGUUUAGGGGGUUGUUCCUUGAAUGGUGGAUGAAGGUGGUGCUUGAGUGCCUAGAUUCCAAAAUCAGCAGUGGAAAAGUGCUAGCUGGCUGUACUGGAUGAGGAUGGCACUCAAAACUCACUUGUACUAACAAGUUAUUCAUUCCUAGUCGAGGAUUUGCUUGUAACUC